UCAUGCGUUUGGGCGCAGCGGAGCUUUUUGCGACGCCGCGAAUACUUUUGCAUUCGAGUGCAAAUCGAGAUGAUUUUGAACUUGACAGCUCGUCUCGCUCGGCCACACACACGCAAAGGCCAGUCAGGAGCCUUACGAGAUAAAACGGGGCAGAUGUUAUCGAUGCUUUUGGUGACCGUUAAAUAUCUCGUGCACGUCGAACCUGUUUCUAGUCGGAGACCUUUUUUAUUUCGCCUGAUUGCAAAUAUGUGUCAUUUUCUCCGUUUUCGCGUUACAUUUUCUUUUUGCGGAAAAUGUCCGGACACGGAAAUGAAUUUGUGCACUUUGGAGUGUAAAUGAGAUACUUGCUAGAUUUGCACUUUAAUUGAUUUUGCACAUUGCUUUGCAAUGAUUUAUGUGCAAAUAUAUUAAAUGGUCGUCCAAGCCCCCGUUUAUAUAACCUUUGGAGGGAACAGAUUAGUCGGACGUUGAUUUGCUGUUCCACGAACUGGGCGGGUUUUGGCUUGUUUAACACGACUGCUGAUAGGCUUAUUACGUUUUAUGAUUAACAUUGAUAGAAGGCGAUUUAAAAGGGUGGAAAACAGCGACAGAUGACAGCGGGCCGAAGUUGGCCAACUUUUGGCAGCUGAACAGCACACAAGGAGAGAUUCGGGUGGGACCAAGUCACCAGGCAAAACUACCUGAACUGCAGCCCCCACCUGCUUUGGGAACAGAGUCUGUUACUGAAAAUGAGGAGCUGGUGUGGGCACCUGGAGUCAAUGACUGCGACCUUCUCAUGUACCUCCGGGCUGCCAGGAGCAUGGCAGCUUUCGCAGGGAUGUGUGAUGGAGGUUCGACAGAGGAUGGCUGUCUUGCAGCUUCACGGGAUGAUACCACAUUAAACGCUUUAAAUACGCUCCAUGAAAGCCAAUAUGAUGCCGCUAAAGCUCUGCAGUGCCUGGUGAAGAAACCGGUUCCGAAACUGAUUGAGAAAUGUUGGUCAGAAGACGAAGUGAAACGGUUUAUCAAAGGCCUCAGACAGUAUGGCAAAAACUUCUUUAAAAUCCGCAAGGAGCACCUACCUAGUAAGAAAACGUGUGAGCUUAUCACAUUCUACUACUACUGGAAGAAAACUCCAGAAGCUGUGGGCUCGCGACCACACCGCCAGCAAAGAAGGCAGACGGCGUCUCGCAAGGUGAAAACGCGCAACGCAACAGCUGCAGCCAAUGCGACGUCACGCACCUCCUCCAUGGAACUCAGUUCAGCCAGUGAAGAUGACCUGGACAGUGAGGAUAGUGAGCAGGGGGUCAAAGGCCAAGCCUGCAGUCACUGUCUGACCACUAAUUCCAAAGACUGGCAGUAUGGGGGCAGAGACAACGUCUUGCUGUGCUCCAGUUGCCACUCGCACUUCAGCAAACACAGACGCCUGCCGCCUGUUCCCAAACCUGCUGAUCCGCCCUACCUUUUCAAACCUGUCAAAGAGGAGGAGGAGGGGCUUGGGGUCAGACACGGGAUGAAGACCCGUCGAAGUCGGAUGCCGGCUCAUAUGUCAUCUCUACGGAGUGGGCGCAAUAGGCCAACUGGAAGUCCUGAAAGGGACACGUCUCCCAAUCUGGAGGAUGUACGAUCUAAUGGACAGUCGCCCAGAACCAGUUCUACUACUAUGGCAACCAGGGCAUCCAGCUCUGAUUGCAAGAACGGAGUGGCCGGGAAGACCACCAAGAAAAUGAAAGUAGAGGCUUCUCUAGUAAAGGGUGUGAAGAGACCGAGAGAGACAACUGCUCCCGAUGCCGAUGAACCAGAAAGAAAAAGCAUGAAACGACUCAAGACUCAGGAGGGACCCGAUUCCCCAUCAGAAGGUGAGGGUGAAGGCGAGAGCUCAGACAGCCGCAGUGCCAAUGACGAUGGCAGCAGCGACACUAAAGACAUUGAUCAGGACAACCGCAGCUCUUCGCCCAGCCUUGCCAGUCCUUUGCAGGCCAACGAGAGCGACUCAGACUCCCCUGCUCCUCCACCUGCCCCACAAGCUCAACCCCAGCAGCCUGCUGCCACACCCUCUCAACACACUCUCUCUGAGACACCACCAUCACCUCAGCCCUCUCUACCUGCAUCUUCAUCCGCACCAUCACCUGGAGCAAUUACUGCCGCCCCGAAGGCAACAUCCGUAGAUGUCUCCCAGGAGGUUCCAUCUCCUACCGCUUUCAGGACUGGUCCCAGGGUACCAGAACCUCCCACCCCUUUUUCAACCUCCUCGUCUCAGCAGGUGCAGUGUCCAGUGCCGGGACAACCUUUCCCUGUACCGUCGCCACAUUAUCAACAACAUCCAAGCCAAAUGCAGAAUCCUUCAGCUGGAGCAAACCAGCCACUUGGGUUUCCUUCCAGGCCUCUACACAUUCAGCGUGAAAGUCCCCUUCCUCCUCUUCCCCCUACAUCAGCUUCCCAAAACAAACCCCCUCCAACCACACCAAUUCCACCUUCGCACAAACAGCCCCCUCACCUUUCUGCUCCUCUGCCCCAUUUCUUGCAGAUCCACCCCAAUUUGCCUCCACCUCCUGCCCUGAAACCUCUCGCUUCAUUACCCUCACAACACAUGCCGUGCUCCCAGCCUCCUCCACUCCACAUAUUUCCACAAAUUCAGUCUUCCAUUCCGACACAUUCACAGAGCCAGCAGGUCAAAGGUCACCCCAGUGGUGCUCCUCAAACUGCUGGCAGUUCUCACCCACCACCUCCUCAAAACCGCUCAGCACCCGAGUCCACUGCUCCAUUCUCUCUUUAUCCUUCUUCGGUUCCUGUCGCUGCCCAUCAGCCUUCCACAUCCUCCUCAACAAGCACUCCUGUUGGACAAGCUAAUAUCAAAGAGGAGCCAAUCGAUGAGGAGGAGGAGUGUGAAAGCCCACCUCCCCCGCGCAGGAGUCCCUCUCCAGAGCCGACAGUUGUUGACAUACCCAGCCAUGCAAGUCAGUCAGCAAGAUUCAUCAAACAUCUAAGCCGAGGCUACAACUCCUGCGCUCGCACAGACAUGUACUUCACUCCCCUUGCCUCCUCGAAACUGGCCAAAAAACGUGAGGAAGCUGCCGAAAGAUCCAGGAGAGAGGCAGAGCUAAGUGCUCGCCAGGGACGAGAGAGAGAAAGAGAGAGGGAACGCGAGAGGGAGAGAGAAAGAGAUCGAGAAAGAGAGAGAGACUCUGAUAAAGCAUCUCGUGCGUCUAGCUCAUCUCAUGAUGGCCGCAUGAGCGAUCACCUGCUCGCAGCCCAUGUGCAAUCAGGCCGCCCAUCAUUCGAACCGCCUCCCACUACAGUGGCUGCCGUUCCACCUUAUCUUGGCCCCGACACACCGGCCCUCCGCACGCUCAGCGAGUACGCCCGCCCCCACGUCAUGUCUCCCAACAAUCGCAACCAUCCUUUCUUCAUGCCUAUUGGUCCAGGUGAGCACCUGCUAGCCUACCACAUGCCAGGACUCUAUGCAGCAGACCCCGCUCUUCGUGAGCGAGAGCUUCGUGAGCUAAGAGAGCGAGAGAUACGUGAAAGAAUGAAGCCGGGAUUCGAGGUCAAGCCUCCGGAGCUGGAGAACCCUCUGCAUCCGUCGGCCAAUCCUAUGGAGCAUUUCGCCCGCCAUGGUGCCCUGCCUCUGUCUCAUGUCGCUGGACCUCACCCCUUCGCCCAGUUCCAUCCGGCCAUGGAACGGAAUGUAGCGGGACACCCUCGACCGGAAAUCAGCUACGCAGAGAGGCUAACGGCUGAACGGCUCCAUGCCGAAAGAAUGGCUUCUGUUGCCGCCACUGACCCUGUUGCACGGCUACAGUUGCUUAAUGUUACGCCGCACCACCAUCAACAUUCGCACAUACACUCUCAUCUUCAUCUGCACCAGCAGGACCCGCUCAACCAAGGCUCAGGGCCCCAUCCUCUUGUGGACCCGUUGGCUGCUGGCCCGCCUCUGGCACGAUUCCCUUACCCACCUGGUGCCAUUCCCAACCCCCUACUGAGUGAGUUACCACAUGAGCACGAUAUGCUGCGCCACCCUCUGUUUGGAGUACCGUUCCAUAGAGAUUUACCUGGACCCCUGGGUCCCAUGUCAGCGGCGCAUCAGCUGCAGGCAAUGCAAGCUCAGUCUGCGGAGCUGCAGCGGCUGGCAUUAGAACAGCAGUGGCUACAUGGACACGCACACUUGCAUAGUGCUCCUCUCCCAAGCCAAGAAGACUACUACAGCCGUCUGAAGAAAGAGGGAGACAAGCAGUCCUGAAAUGAAUGACUCCUACACUGUGGACUACAGAGGGAAUUCUGUGUUCAGGGUAUCAGGGCUUUUAUUUCAGGAAACCCUGCAUGGGUUUAACCCUUCUUUGGCACUUAUAAAAGUUUGACUGACUCUUUUUUUGUGCUUCAUGAAAUAACCAGCCUUUCGAAGCACAUUGAAUUUGCUUCCCUUGCAUGAACACUACUUAGAAAUAAUUUUUGUCCGAAAUGAACAUCCCAUGUAAUGUUGUUACUGUGCUGAAAGCACAGCACUGUAGAUUUACUAAGUAUUUGACAAGUGCUGUCCAAUAUCCAGAGUUUAUCACAAUUUAGUUUCAAAGUUUAUUGAAACAUCUGUUUCAAGAUUGUAUAUAUAUUAUAUGUUUAAAAUAAUAUAUUAACUGUUGAAUUUAAAAGUUGCAAUGAUAGAUUUGGAUACGAAAACUUCCGAUGACCUGUGUGCAAAAGUUGCAUGAUUUACAUAAUUUUCUCUGACAGCCUUUUCCAUUUGUACCUCAGAGCUCAUAAUAUACUGUAUAAUCGACAGCAGUGAACUCCAUAAUACCUUUAAGCAGUUUAGCUUAUUCACCAUUUGUUGUUGUAUUACGGAUCAAAUGCAGCCCAAGUAUUAGCAUGUUGACUGUAGUGCAGUUAUUUUUCUAUGAAAACAAUAACCCUAACUCUAAUGAGGGAGGACAUAUCCAAAAUAAUUUCUCUACAAUAGACUUGCAAGGGUACAAUUUUUCAAAUGAUAUUUGCAAUAAAACACAAAAAUCCCAUAUUUCAUUGUAACCCCACUACCAGUGAAAUGUUAACUGAGCAUCUGUACUUGUUGUACAGGCAAUUUCAACAGUCGGGCUGCUGUUUAAUAAAUGGUGACCAGCCUGAAAGGAAAUUUUCACAAUAAAUAAAAAUUUAUUGUAAACACAA